UCAAGAUGGCUGCAAAGUUGAAGUGCAGUGCCCCGUGCCCAGAGACCCGCAGACCGUGCGCCAUGCUGCUCCGACAGCGGUUGCAGGUGGCCCCGGGCGUGCUGCUGCAGCUCCUGCUCCUGGUGCACUCGGCGCGGCCCCAGCGCCUCGAGGACAUCGCCAACCAGAUCACCCCUCACGGUGGACUCGACCGGUCGGGCAACUUCAACGUCUUCUUCAUCCCGGCGUACCGGCUGACGGGCAACAGGACGGGACCUGGCCAGGGGCACAGCGCCCGGCUGGCCGCUGCCCCAGCCGCUGCCCCAGCCGCCAGCCCCAGCACGCCCACGCCGCCGCUGCGGCUCGACCCCCAGACCAGCGCGCGCCUGCUGACCGCCGCGCUCACGGCCGCCGCCCGGCUCACGGCGGCCCCCUCGCCACCGCCGCCCGCGCACACAACGCCCGCCCCCACGCUGCCGCCCCCGCGGGCAGGGCUCGUGCGACGCGCCCCCCAGGACGGCGAUGACCCGCCCCCGCAGCACCACGACGCGCACAUCCUGGUCACACUGCAAAACUAUGGCGGCAAGGAGGCUGCGGGUGCCAGCGCGCAGCCCGCGCCACCCGCGUCGCCACCGCCCCAGGGCGCCGUUGGCUACGGCAGUGCGCAGCACUUCAACAACUACCCCGCCGUCAACGGCCACGUGCCGGCGCACUUCGGCCCCAUUCCGUACUACAGCCACUUCCCAGUGGCGGCCCCUGGCACCGGCCUCGGCCUGACGGGCCCCAGCGCGCCCAGCGGCCCCGGCGGCGGGCUGUUCUACCAGCCGCUGCCCCGCUUCAGCGCGGCGGCGAGCGCGCUCGACCUGGUGUCGUCCUCGCCCUUGGGCGUCAACCCCGGCACGCUACUUGGCACAACGGGGCCGCUGUACGCAACACCCGGCCGGCCCGCCGGCACCCUGGCCAACCUCGGCUCCCUCGGGUCGCUGGCCAGCGCCGCGGCCUCGGCCACCGUCCAGGACACCGCAGCGACAACCACGACGGACGCGGAUCAGGCCACUACGAACGUACCAGUGACCACGACAACAGCUGCUCCGGUGACCUCCCCUACAGCGACAGCGAGCACAGCCAAGCUGCCCACGACAGAGGCUACCGCAACGAGUAGCGAUCCAAAGGCCGACGUCGAGUUGGACGCAGAGCCCCGAACGACACCGUUCAGGCAGACCUUUGAGUUCGGACGGACCGACUCAAGUCGUAGGCUGAACCUCACGGAGGAAGUGGAGGUGACGGCCAGCGUGGAGGCCAGCGGCCCCGGGGGUGGCGAGGCAACCACGCCACCGCAGCCCACGCCCGCGACCCAGCAAACAUCCCCCGCGACCGCCACCGAGGUCAGGGACCUCAACUCCCCGGCCCCGACCCCACCGCAGUCGCCCGCGCCGACCGACAGAGCAGAGACGGAGCCCCCCGCCCUGCCCCCGGGACCUCCCUACCACUUCCACCCCGAGGCGUAUCCCAACGGCCCAUAUCCGACAGGGGCCUAUCCCGGAGGCCCAUAUCCGACGGGGCCGUAUCCGACAGGAGCCUAUCCGACCGGCGCCUACCAAGCCGGCGCGGGCGGGAUUCCUCUGAAUGGGUACCAUGGAUACCAUACGCCUGACCUCCGUUUCAGGGACGACCCUUACCGUGACACCCGUUUCGAUUACCAGUCGCAUCAGCAGCCGCAACAACCGCAGCCACCACCGCCACAGAAACCGACCAAACAGCAGCCUGCGAAACGCCCGGCCGUGAGCCGCAACCCUAACCACUUCGGAGGUAACUUCGACCCCUUCGGCGCGUUCAUUCCGGGAUUCGCACCCGGGUACCCGUUCGGGGUGCCACCACACGGCGUUGACCAACGCGGGCAGCCCGUGCCGCCAUUUGGCCAGAGGCCCCCUGGUUUCGGCCCGCCGUACGGACCAUUCCCGGCGACGGGUUCGGGGGGAGGUACUGGUGGCGGUGGAAGCAACGGGGGUGGUAGCGCGGGUGGCAGCGGGGGUGGCAGCGCGGGUGGAAGCGGUGGGAGCAGUGGGGGUGGUGGCAACAGCCAGGAAGCUACCGAUGACGCCGAUGACGCACGCCCACCGCCAGCCAGGCUUCAAGCGGCGAGCGGUGCCGAGCCCAGCGGAUCGGGAGAGGAUCUAACGGGCAGGCAGCCUCUCCGACAACAGCAGCUGCAGCAGCUGCAACAGUUUGGAGGCUUCGGGAGCCAGCUGCCCCAGCACCCGUACUCUGCGUUCCAGUCGACGGCUCCUGGAGGCGCCUUCCCGGUGGCGCCCAAUUCGUUCUAUCGCGGUGCGCCGGGUGCGCCGCCGACGGCGUUUGGCCAGCCGCCCGGGGCGGGCGUCGUGGCGCCGUCCGCACUGGCGAACUUCAACUCCGCCAGCCAGUUUGCCUCGGAAGACUUCCUCGGCCGGCAGCGCCUCCCCGCGUUGUACCCGGGAGCCUCGGGUGGCGGCCGCGGCGCACCGCAGCAGCAGCAACUCCGCUCGCCACUGUUCACUCCGCAGCAGGGCCUGGGCGGCGGCCUGGGCGGUGCCGGGCCUGGAAGUCUUCCUAGAGGUCUAGCUGGAGGCCUACCUGGAGGAGUAGCUGGCCUCGGCGGCGGCGGGCUCGAUGGCGGGCGCGGAAGCGGCAGCCCUGGCGGGCCCCUGUUCGGUGCGCAGCAGCCCUUCGCCUUCAACAGCCCCUUGUUCUUCUCGGGAUCCCUGGACCGUGAUAUCGCCGGUGACGUGGAGCCCCGCCAGAGCAGAAUCACGUCGUACACGGCCAGCAGCAGCGGAGGCCUCAAAGGUCCUGAGCAGGACAAGCUCCUGUCAGCCAAUGUGAACGCCGACGACACGGGGGCCGACGACGACCUCCUGGGCCCCGCCGUCGGGACGCUGGGGCUGGAGCCCCUGAGCGCCGGCCACCACCUGGAGAGGCGGGAGGACCGCAGGGCCGCAGUGCGGGCGGGUUUCUACGGGUCGACCAGAUGAUGAGAGCUCCAAACGACUGUACCUGUAAAGUCAGAGAUAAUGUCAACAACUUAGGGUAAAAACUAUGCCUAAGGUAUCCCUAGAGGGGUACAGAACUGAAUUUUGUAAGAGAAACUUUUUUCUAAUCAACUUUUUUUUUCAUUGACUGUCAUGAUGGAGAGAUGUGUCCAUUGUCAGCGCAGAUCUCGCGGCUUUGUACAUAGUCUGUACAGAUGUAAAAUAAAUCAUAAAUACCUCGA